AUGGACGGUACAUCAGGCGAUGUGAUGGAGGUGGCAGCGCUCGGUAGGUCUUUCACUAUCGGGAUGCUGUACGACUGUCGAAGAGACUUUCUCUUCACUGGAAUGACUCUGUGGGAUCGUGAUGACCUGAUGAAAGAUGUUGGAGAAAGACCGCAGGCCUCUAAUGAUUUUGACAUUGUUGCAUCUGAAUCAAUCUCAGACAAAUCUUCAGCUCUGAAUGUUGAUGCUUCACUGAAGGCAAGUUUCCUGGGUGGACUGGUUCAGGUUGAUGGAUCUGCCAAAUAUCUGAAUGAUAGUAAAUCUUCCAGAAAUCAGGCCAGAGUAACACUGAAGUACAAGGCAACCACAAAGAUCCAGGAGCUGUCCAUGAAUCAUCUUGGAAGAGGAAAUGUGAAGCAUCCAUAUGUUUUUGAUCAAGGCUUAGCAACACAUGUAGUCACAGCUAUUCUUUAUGGAGCACAAGCUUUCUUUGUGUUUGACCGUGAGGUUUCUGAAGAUGAAGAUUAUCAAGAUGUUCAGGGCAACUUGAAGGUGAUCAUCAACAAGAUUCCCUUACUUUCUGUAGAGGGUGAAGGUUCCCUGAAGAUGGAAGAGAAGGACAAAGAAAGUGUUGAUAAAUUCUCCUGCAGAUAUUAUGGAGACUUCUGGCUUCCAAAACCACCAACAACCUUUCAAGAUGCAGUAGAAGUCUACCAAAAACUGCCAGAAUUGCUGGGAGAAAAAGCUGUACCAAUGAAGGUCUGGCUGCUGCCAAUGACAUGUUUAGAUUCUUCUGCUGCUAAACUCGUCCGUCAGAUCAGUAUAAGAUUAGUUCAAGAAGCACAGACAGUCCUGGAGGACUUCAGUGAGGUGGAAAUGAGGUACAAUGAUGUACUGAGAACCAGCACUGCACAGGAGUUCCCAGAAAUUGGCAAAAGGCUUAAAAGUUUUAAAGAAAUGUGCUUUGACUUCAAGGUGGAAUUCCAACAAAUGUUGGGAAAGAAACUUCAAUCAAUCCGAGGAGGAACAGGAGAAGAAGCUGAGCUUUCAGAGGUCCUGAAGAAGAGACAUUCUUCACCUUUCAGCAGCAAAAGCCUGAACGAGUGGAUGGACUGUAAAGAGAGAGAAGUUGACACAUUAAUGUCUUUUACCAGGAUGAUGAAAAACACCAAAAUCAUCUCGUCUCAAAAUGAUCUGUACAAGGAAAGUCUGAGUGCAGAGCAUGUUGUGUGUUUUGUUUUCACCUCUCUGGGAAAGGAUGAACCGUACCUCUCAGCUUUAUCAAGAUACUUAAAAGGGACAAACCAACAAAGAAACCAACCAAACCUCCUGGUUAGUCUGUUCAGUUUCAUUUUCAUGUUCAUUUUUAAUGUUUUCCACCAAAAAUCUCACACUCCAACCAACCCAGACCUUCAAGAUCCUCACACUCAUGAUGUAGAGAAGGAACAAUGGUACGCCUCAAAAGAAGUAACAGCUGAAAUGUGGAGAAAAGCAAAACUCUUCAGUGAUUUUGCAGAGGCCAACGAGGAGAACAAGAACAUGACGUUCCUGACAGUGGGGUUAACUAAUGAGACCCAGGAAGGUUCCAGCAUCCACCUUUAUGAAGGUGGAUUUGCUGUCAGUGAGAACUUUGAGCCUCCUUCAAAGCCUGAAACUGUGACAGCAGCUGAGAUAAACCACAACAGUGUGAAACUGAAGAUUUCUCCACCCACAUUUGGAGCAGAGAACAUUACCUCCUACUCUGUUGAGUACUGUGUCAGUGGAGAGGAUGGAUGGCAGCAGAAGACAGAAGCAAAGGCUGAAGAAGUCACAGUGAGAGAUCUGAAGCCAAACACAGAGUAUGUGUUCAGAUGCAGAGCAGUGAUCUCAGCAGGUGUCGGGCCGGCUAAUAAAGUUUCUAUUAAAACUUUACCCUGCAGCCCUCCUGGAAAACCUCAAGCUCAGCCAUAUUCAAGUGAGAUAUCAGUGAGCUGGGAGAAACCUGCUGAGCUCGGAGAGGAUGUCCAGAUAUUGAGCUACAUGGUGGAGUAUGCAAAAACAGAUGAUAAUGAGGAAGCUCUGCAGUGGAACCAAACAAAGUCAGCAGGUGAAAAGGUGAUCCUUUCAGGUCUCCAGACAGAGACAGAAUAUGCAGUCAGGGUCAGAUGUGAUUGUGGUUCAGCUGGAAGAAGCAAAGAAAGCAUCACUGUUAAAGUCUGCACAACAUUUAACCACCUCGCAGAACUUCUCAGGAUUAAAAGUAAAAAGAUCAAAUCAGAUUCCCCCUCAGUUUACAAACUGCCUCUGACAGAAGAACACAUGAACAUAGAUGGAUGCAGGAAGUUUAACUUUGGAGAAGAAAGCACGAGGCAGAAUCGUACAAUAAUGCUUUUUGGAGCGACAGGAUCAGGAAAGUCCACUCUGAUCGAUGGGAUGAUCAACUACAUUGUUGGUGUCGAGUGGGAGGACAGUUUCAGGUUUAAAUUCAUUAAUGAGGAUCAGUCAACAUCACGAGUUCCCAGUCAGACCUCUGAAGUCACUGUUUACAAAAUCAACCACCAGGAUGGAUUUCAAAUCCCGUUCUCUCUGACCAUUAUUGACACUCCAGGCUUUGGAGAUACAAGAGGCAUAGAAAGAGACAGAGAGAUCACAGAGCAGCUACGUAAUCUCUUCUCUGCUCAGCACGGUGUCACUGACAUUGAUGCUGUGUGUUUUGUAGCUCAGGCUGCUUUAGCACGACUCACACCAACACAAAAAUAUGUGUUUGAUUCAGUGCUCUCAAUCUUUGGCAAAGAUGUGGCAGAAAACAUCAGCAUUGUGGUGACAUUUGCAGACGGUCAGCGACCUCCAGUUCUCGAGGCGAUCAAUGCUGCAGGAGUCCCAUGUCCUAAAACAAAAGACGGGCUGCCGGUUCACUUCAAAUUCAAUAACUCAGCGCUGUUUGCAAAUAACAAAUCAGCUGAAGGAGACAGAAUGAGUGAUGAUGAUGAUGAAGGAGACUUUGAUCAGAUGUUUUGGAAGAUGGGGACAAAAAGCAUGAAAAGGUUUUUUGCUGCUCUGAAUAAAAGAGAACCUAAAAGUUUGACACUGACAAAGGAAGUCCUCAGAGAAAGAAAGAUACUGGAGAUUACAGUCGAAAAUUUGCAGGUGCAGGUGAAACUUGGGUUAGCCAAGCUUGAGGAGAUAAACAAGACGAGUGAUAAACUUAAAGAACAUCAAGCCGAGAUCAGCAGAAAUGAGAACUUUGAGUUUGAAGUUACUGUCAAAAAGCCUUUUCAGGAGGAUAUUUCUGGUACUGGAAACUACAUCACCAACUGUCAGCAAUGUCAUGUCACCUGUCACUAUCCAUGUACCAUAGCAAAUCGUGAGGGUUUAAGAUACUGUCCAGCAAUGGGAUCAGAUGGAUACUGUACUCAGUGUCCAGGCAAAUGUAUUUGGAAUGUACACUUUAACCAGAAGUACAAAUGGGGCUAUGAAGAUGUUAAAGAAAAAAGAACAAUAAAGGAGCUGGAAGAAAAGUAUCGGGAAGCCAGAGGAGAGAAGAUGACUGUUCAGAAAGUGAUUGAUAAACUGAAGGCUGAGUAUAAAAGUUUGCAGGCUGACGUAGUGAAACUGAUGGAGAGAUCUUCCAAGUGUCUGAACAGACUCAAAGAGAUAGCACUGAAGGCAAACCCUCUGUCCACUCCAGAGUACAUCGACAUGCUUACUGAGGAAGAGAAAUCUGAGGGCAAACCAGGCUGGAAGCAACGAGUUCAGUCUCUGAUGGAGAUGAAAGAAAAAGCAGAGCUCAUGGCCAAAAUAGAGAAAGGAGAGAAACUCUUUUACUAA